GUGUGUGUGUGUGUGUGUGUGUGUGUGUGUGUGUGUGUGUGUGUUGUUGGUGGUGGUGGUGUAUGAACAGCAUGGCCAACAUCGCGGUUCAGCGGAUCAAACGGGAGUUUAAAGAGGUUCUGAAAAGCGAAGAGACAAGUAAAAACCAGAUCAAGGUUGAUUUAGUGGAUGAGAAUUUCACAGAGCUGAGAGGGGAAAUCGCAGGACCGCCAGACACACCUUAUGAAGGUGGCAGAUUUCAACUAGAAAUUAAAAUUCCAGAGACGUAUCCAUUUAAUCCACCUAAGGUUCGGUUUAUAACGAAGAUCUGGCAUCCCAACAUCAGCUCAGUAACAGGAGCCAUUUGCUUGGACAUCCUAAAGGACCAGUGGGCGGCGGCCAUGACCCUCCGAACAGUGUUACUGUCACUACAGGCUCUUCUGGCCGCUGCUGAACCAGAUGAUCCACAGGACGCUGUAGUCGCCAAUCAGUAUAAACAGAACCCAGAGAUGUUCAAACAGACGGCUCGACUCUGGUCACAUGUUUACGCGGGAGCGCCCGUCUCCAGCCCAGACUACACACGCAAAAUAGACAAACUCUGCGCUAUGGGCUUCGAGAAAAACGCAGUAAUAGUGGCGCUGUCGUCGAAGUCCUGGGACGUGGAGACAGCGACAGAACUAUUGCUCAGCAACUGAGUCCCACACGAGGAGCCGAAGCACCUGAUCUCACACAAUCACACUCGUUCUCUCCUCCCUGCUGUUCUCUCUCCAUCUUUUCCAUUUCUUUCCUCAAAAUAGUUCAUCCCAAACUGAAAACGUCACGUUUAUGUUGUUCUAAACUCGUAUUUCU